AUGGUGAAAAGGGAGGAAUUCGAAAACAAAGAAGAGGAGGAGACACUAGACGACGAAGAAGAAGAGGAGGAGGAAGAGGAAGAAGAAGAUGAUGGUGGGGACUCUGUUGUAGAAGCUGCACCAGCUGAAGAGCCGGCAGCUGAACCUGAAGCCGAAGAGCAAGAAGAUGGCGGAGAAGAUGGCGAAGAAGAACCAGUACCCGAGGAGAAACCAGUUGCAGCUCCUCCUCCUCAUCGUCGUGAACGAACUCCGGAUGCUCCCGCUGAAAUGACAGAGGCUGAAAAGGCGAUGGUUGCCGCAAAGAAACGACAUGAAGAAGAGGAAAAAUUGAAGAUGCUUGACUACGAAGAACGAAGAAAGGUAGAGAAAGCUCAAAUGGAGACCGAGCUGCGCGAGUUGAAAGAUAAGCAAGAAAUAAGACGUCGUGAAAGACAAAAGGAAGAGGCCGAAUAUGAAGAACGCCGCCGAACUGCUGAACAAAAGAAAAGACAAGAAGAAGAAGAAAGGAAGGCCAAGAGUGAAGCAGAAAAACGAGCUCGUUAUGAUGAAAAACAAAGAAGACAGCAAAUGAUGGCUGGAUCGUUUAAUGCAGCUGCUUCGGUUGUUGCCGGUGGAAAGAAUUUUACGAUUAACUCAAAGGGUGAACAAGCAGAGCAAUUUGGUAAUCUCUCGGGUGGCAAGGCUAACAAAAGUGAGAUUUCUCAAGAACAACAAGAAGCCGCUAAAAAGGCUUUCUUGGAAGCUGUCUGCAAAAACAUUGACGUAUCAAAUCUUCUUCCGAAUGACAUUAAAGAACACAUCAAAAGGCUUCAUGCACGAAUUUGUCGAUUGGAAGCUGAGAAGUAUGAUUUGGAGAAACGACAUGAACGUCAAGAAUAUGAUCUGAAAGAACUGAACGAAAGAGAAAGACAAGUUGCUCGUCAACGUGCACUCAAAAUGGGCCUUGAUCCGGAUGAGGCAGCCAACUCAAAGCACCCACCAAAAAAAAGAGUUGCUUCGAUAUUCGAUCGACAGACAGACCGAAGAACCUAUGGAGACAAGCGAGAAAUCUUUGAAGCCCCUAUUGUUUUCAAAGCCAAAUCGAUCGUUCGUGGAUCAGCCCGCCCACCGCCAGAAUGGGGUAGAAAGGAGAAUGAAGAGUUAGAACAGCUACGAAAGAUCAUUGAGCCCCCAAAAUAUGUGGAGCAAGUAAAAGCGGAAGGCGACGCAGCCAAACCGCCCGUUUCUGCUAUUCCUCUUCAAAUGCCCACUGAAGAUUUUGAUGAGUCUCUUCCAACUGAGCCAGUGAAGCCAAAGUAUGAUUUCCCAUCAGCUGGGGCUGCCGGACAUAUGCUGGGAGUACCGUCUGGUGCGGAAGCUGGUGAUGAGCCAGAACCACAAAAUGUUGAUCCAACACCGGCUGAUGCUCCCUCUGAUGAUACUCCAGGCGAAGUUGAACCCGAGCCCGCAUCGGAGCCCGCAUCGGAGCCCGUCGCAGAGACAGAGGCUGAAGAGCCCGAAUCAGCCGAGGUCGCCGCUGGUGAUGAUGAAGAAGAGGAA